AUGACCAUUGCAAAAAAUGUAGAAGUACCUGAAAUAACUACAGCAGUAUUAACUUCAACAUAUAUUGAAUUGUUAAUUGAUCCAAAAUUAUUUCAAUGGAAGAACAAAGCACGUAAUCGGCGUUUAGCGUAUAUUAUCGUUUUUAUCGUUGGUAUCAUUAGUGGAAGUUAUAUGCAUGCAAAACUGGGUACUGCAAAUACGUUAACACUUGCCGCUUGUGUGAAAGCUAUUGUAACAAUUUCAUUUUUUUUCAAUUCAAAAGCUCAUGCAAAAUCUUCAUCAACCUAA